ACAUACAAAUACAAUGUAUACGUCUACUUGCUGAAUUAUCUGCCAAAUUAUUCGGCUGCAGCAAGUGGUAGCAAGUAGUGGCUAAACAGCGAGUGAUACGUGUAUAAAUUUGCGUAAAGGUGCAAAAGCUGAUAAACGGCCAGAUUUUUUGUGUGAUCGAUGUGGCCUUAAUUUAUUUAAUAAGAUUAUUAAACUCAAUUUUAUUGAUAUAAGUAAGUCCGGCAACCAUGGCUCACUGUAUUAGAGUUUUGCAUGGCCAGGGUAGCAGGACCCGAACUGUACUCUUGGAGAUUCAACAAAGAUGCUUCAGCGUGUCACCCCUCACCGCAGCAGCCGCUCAGGUUGCUAUGUCGAAGUUCGACAAAGCCCCAUUGCCUUACGAGAAGUUAACGAAAAAUUUGGAGGUGGUAAAGAAGAGGUUAGGUCGGGAUAUGACCUUGUCUGAAAAGGUGCUCUACUCUCAUUUGGAUGACCCUAAAGGACAGGAAAUGGAGCGAGGUACCAGCUACCUCCGCUUACGGCCUGACCGUGUCGCCAUGCAGGAUGCCACCGCACAAAUGGCUAUGUUACAAUUCAUCUCGUCCGGUCUACCACGAGUUGCUGUACCCUCUACUAUCCACUGUGAUCAUUUAAUUGAAGCACAAGUUGGUGGUGUUAAAGACUUGGCUAGAGCAAAGGACCUGAACAAAGAAGUAUAUAAGUUCUUGGAGACAGCGGGAGCUAAGUACGGUGUGGGUUUCUGGAAACCGGGCUCCGGUAUUAUCCAUCAGAUCAUCCUGGAGAACUAUGCGUUCCCAGGACUGCUGAUGAUUGGCACAGACUCUCACACACCUAAUGGCGGUGGACUUGGUGGUCUUUGCAUUGGUGUUGGAGGUGCUGAUGCUGUGGACGUAAUGGCUGACAUACCUUGGGAACUGAAAUGCCCUAAAGUGAUCGGUGUUAAACUUACUGGUCAACUAAAAGGCUGGACAAGUCCUAAGGAUGUGAUCCUGAAGGUUGCCGGCAUCCUGACAGUGAAGGGUGGUACAGGCGCCAUCGUGGAGUACCACGGGCCAGGAGUAGACUCCAUCUCUUGCACUGGAAUGGCCACCAUCUGCAACAUGGGAGCUGAAAUCGGCGCCACCACCAGUGUGUUCCCCUACAACUCUCGCAUGGAAGCGUACCUUAAGUCAACAGGCCGUCACGACAUUGCCGCCAAAGCAAACUCCUUCAAACAUUUGCUCACUCCCGACUCUAAAGCACCUUACGACCAAUUAAUCGAAAUCGACUUAUCAACAUUGGAGCCGCAUGUAAACGGACCUUUCACCCCUGACCUGGCCAACCCCAUCUCGAAGCUGGGCGAGGCUGCCAAGAAGAACGACUGGCCGGUAGACAUCCGCGUCGGCCUCAUCGGUUCCUGCACCAACUCAUCCUACGAGGACAUGGGACGAUGUGCCAGCAUUGUUAAAGAGGCGUUAGGUCACGGUCUGAAGUCCAAGAUCCCGUUCAACGUGACCCCCGGCUCGGAGCAAGUCCGCGCCACUAUUGAGAGAGACGGCAUCGCACAGACCCUCAGGGACUUUGGAGGCACUGUAUUAGCAAACGCAUGUGGUCCAUGCAUCGGACAAUGGGACCGUCAGGACGUGAAGAAGGGGGAGAAGAACACCAUCGUGACUUCAUACAACCGCAACUUCACCGGACGGAAUGACGCCAACCCCGCCACACACUGCUUCGUCACCAGCCCUGAGCUCGUCACCGCGCUAUCCAUUGCUGGUCGUUUGGACUUCAAUCCGUUGUCGGACGAGCUGACUGGCAAAGAUGGCAAGAAGUUCAAGCUGUCGGACCCAUUCGCUGACGAGCUGCCCGCUAAAGGCUUCGACCCCGGUCAGGACACAUACCAGCACCCGCCCGCUGACGGCUCCAAGGUGGCAGUCGACGUAUCCCCGACAUCUGACCGUCUGCAACUCCUGGAGCCGUUCGACAAGUGGGACGGCAAGGAUCUCAGCGAGAUGACCAUCCUCAUCAAGGUGAAGGGCAAAUGCACCACCGACCACAUCUCCGCCGCCGGACCCUGGCUCAAGUACAGAGGACAUCUUGAUAACAUCUCCAAUAAUAUGUUUAUCACAGCAACAAACGCGGAGAACGGUGAACUGAACAAGGUCCGUAACCAGAUAACUGGGGAGUGGGGCGCUGUGCCGGCGACCGCGCGCGCCUACAAGGCGGCCGGCGCACGCUGGUGUGUUGUUGGCGACGAGAACUACGGCGAGGGCUCCUCCCGCGAGCACGCCGCACUCGAACCUAGACAUCUCGGUGGCCGAGCUAUCAUCGUCAAGUCAUUUGCCAGAAUCCACGAGACCAACCUGAAGAAGCAAGGCCUGCUGCCGCUGACAUUCGCAAACGCCGCUGACUACGACAAGAUUCAGCCAACAGACAAGAUCUCCCUGUUAGGACUCAAGGACCUCGCGCCCGGCAAGCAAGUCGACUGUGAAAUCAAACACAAGGAUGGCAGCGUUGAACGCAUCAAGCUGAAUCACUCACUGAACGAGCAGCAAAUCUCAUGGUUCAAAGCGGGCUCUGCACUUAACAGGAUGAAGGAAAUUGCCGCGGGCAAGUGAGAGUUACCCCUAAUGCAAUCCUUGCACUGGAUUUACCCUAAAAAUGGGGUAAUUUUUAUAAAGUAGCAACCCUGUGAGAUUUU